AUGCAAAGUUUAAUUAAUGAACCAUUAAUUAGCUCACCAGCUAAUUUUUCUGAUUUACCAUUUCUACUUCAACAAAUACUUCCAACAAAUUAUACAUACCAAAUUGAGAAUUAUAUCGAACUUGAACCAAUACUUACUUCAGAAAAUAUAAUUAUUG